AUGUUAAAGUUUGGUCUCAGAUUUUUACAUGAUAGAAAGAAAGAGGGAAAAAAUUCGAACCAAGGAACCAAACCGGAGUUACCUGCUUUUGAGUGGCAAGUGACCAGUGAUACAAGUUUUGAAGAUUGUUUGCCUUCACCUACUUCCACAUCGAACAUUAAUCCUCCCAACAAUGUAAUACUUUACAAUACAGAUGGAAAUCAUCCUUUGGUUAAAACUCAUUCAAGAUCAACAACUAAUGUUGAAUCUGGUAGAAUAAGAUUAAUACAAAUAAUUGAAGAAGAAGAAGCGAGAACAAAAUUUAGAAAUUAUUUAGUUUCACAAUAUUGUGAAGAAAAUUUAGAUUUUUAUAUGGAUAUUAUAAAAUUUCACACUCAUUUUAAAAGUGAAGGUUCUUUAAACCUUCUUGAAAUUAUUUCUUGUGCCAAUUAUAUAUGGAAUGAAUAUUUGGAUUCUGAAACUUCCUCAAAAGCUUUAAAUGUUCCUCAAGACCUUUUAAACAAUUGUAAACAAAAAAUCUCUAAAAAGUUAUUUACCAUUGAUUUAUUUGAUAAACUUCAACAACAUUGUUUUGAUUUAAUGUUACAAGAUUCUUUACCGAAAUUUACGCGUAAUUCAAUGGCAUUUUCUUCAUCGGAACCAUUAUUUCCCCCUAGUACCCCUUCCUCUCCUACUUUUCUUCGUCCUCCUUCUUUUGUUGGUAUUAAUCAUAAACAACCUCCUUUAAGUUUAAGGAAAUCUAUUUCCUCCGGUUCACUUCGUACUAAAAUGAUGGCUUCAUUGAAAACCGUCACUGAACCACCACAUCCAUUUGAUAUUUGUCACGCCACUGUCACACCCACCUCACUCACCUCUCCCACCUCUCCCACCUCUCCUACCUCAACCUCAACUUCUCCCACCUCUCCUACUUCCACCUCAACUACUUCCACCUCAACUUCUCCCACCUCUCCUACCUUCACCUCCACAUCUCACACCUCCUUCACCUCUUCCGCCUCCACAUCUCCCACAUCUCCCAUAUCACCUACAUCUCCUCUUUCGUCACAACGAUCGAUCAUAUUAACCCACAUUAUUUCAACAUCUGCAGAUAGUAGUAAUAGAAGUUCAACCGUUUCAACGUUAUCAACACCUACAACGAUAGUGAAUGUUCAACAAAGGGUGUCAAUGGCAUCAGUUGUGUCUAUAACAAACAUUACAAAAAGAAUGUUAUCACGUCGUCGUCGUAAUUCGACAAGUUCAAAUUCUAGCAAAUUUUCUGUGACAACUCUUUCAUCAGUAUUUUAUUUGAGUAGUAUGGAGAAAUUUAUGGGCAUGCCAGGUACAUAUCCUUGUACUUCGGUACCCAAUAAUAAUACCGCCACACCAAAUGAAAGUGAUGAAGGAGUUUAUGAUUUGCCUUCAUCUUCAAAUGAAAGUGAUGAAAUAAGUACCUGGCAAAAACUUCGAAAAAACAUUUCUACUCCUAAUUUAUCUCGUUCAAUUUUAAGAUCAAAUGCAUUUAAAUUCUGA